AUGGUCGGUGAGUCUAUGAAGAGGCGACCCGGGCCCCACGGUCCUGGGCCAGAUGGAUGUCGGCCUGUUAUGCGGAAGCGGUGCGUUGCUGGGACAUGCCGGGGGCACGGGGGGACUGGCGGUCGGGGCCCUUGGCAGGGUGACCCCGGUGGCUCGGUCCCCUCGGGCCUACGGGGGUCCCAGGGCCGGCCCACUGGCUUCGGGACGGUGGCCGCCGGCGGUGGCGUCUCGGCCCUUGGGUGGGCCGGGGCGACGCCGCCCGGUGGAUGGAGGGAGAGGGGCGCCAGUUGGCUGGGGGGAGGACUUGGUGGCGGGGGGAGGCGAAGGAAAUUCGAAGUGGGAGGGGAAAACGUCGGAAAGCGGCGCGGCAGGCUUGGAGAGGGGGUGGAAACUCGCCAGUUGGCGUGA